AUGCAAAAAGUUCCAAUCGACAGAAAAAUUCCAACUGCAGUACGUCCAACCAACAGAGAAUUCAAGUUUAUACCACAAGGAUCAAUAACCAAAGCCAUUGAAGAGAAAAGAGAAGAAAUUCGAACAGAUAUCGCAGUUGCAUCUGGACUUCCAAUUUACGACGUUAUUGCCAUGCGUAGGAACUAUGAAAUACCAACAGUUGAUUGGUGGGAUGCUCCUUUUGUCGACGAAACUACCUGGGAGCCAGCUUUUUUGGAAAUUGACAACUCAUUUCAAAAUUCUGCUCCAAUGCCUGUUAAAAAGCUCGAGUCUCGUGCAGUUCCGACCAUGCUGACACCAGAUGAACUCAAGCGAGACCGCCACAUCCGAAAACUCGAGAAAGCAAACCAAGAAAGAUUAAUGAUCAGAUUAAAUCUCAAAGAACCAGAGCCAUCACGCGUCAAACCGCAGACGAUGAUCAACUACAACAGUGGUGAAGCAUUUCUCAAACCAACUGAAGUUGAAAAUCGCCAAAAAAUGGCUCAAGAAAAAAGAAUUAAAGAGCAUUUAGAGAGAAAUGAAGAGAAUAAGCUGACUCCUGAGGAGCGAAAGAUGAAGAAACAAAGUAAGAUGAUGGAAGAUGCCGAUAAAAACACAAUUGAUCUAUGUUAUUCCGUUAAAUCUCUAAAUCAUCCUCUUCAUUUAAGUACAAUUUUGAAGAUGGGCCAAAAACUGUUCUUGUCUGGUGGUAUAUUUGUUGUUAAAUACCCAGAGAGAUACUUUGUUGUUGCAGAAUGCGGAGAAAAAGGAUUUAGAAAGUUCAAAAGUUUGAUGGAAAACAGAAUUAACUGGAAUUUGGAACACGAAUCAAUUCCAAAGGAAAUAUCUGCAUCAAACAAAUGCGUUCUAGCUUAUGAAUCAAUGCCAAUGCCCCAUCAAAGAAACUUUGGAAACUUCAGAAAAUAUGUUUUUGAUGCUUUGACUCAGUGUCAAAAAUUCUUCGAGAAAAAUAACGCUUCUCAUCUUUUUGAUCCAGUCAAUGCUGCUUCUUUUGAUUAA